AUGACUGAAACCUGCAAUCCCCCAGAGAAUGGAUUAUCACCAUUUCACACCAUCUUGAUUUUAACAGUUAUAGGCACUGAGUGCAUCAUUGGUAUCAUUGCAAAUGGGUUCAUCAUGGCUAUCCAUGCAGCUGAAUGGAUUCAGAAUAAGGCAGUUUCCACAAGUGGCAGGAUCCUGUUCUUCCUAAGUGUAUCCAGAAUGGUUCUUCAAAGUUUCAUGAUGCUAGAAAUUACCUUUAGCUCAGUAUCUCCACACUUUUAUAAUGUCGAUGUGGUAUAUAAUAUAUUCAAAGUAAGUCUCGUGUUCUUAAAUUAUUGUAGCCUCUGGUUUGCUGCCUGGCUCAGUUUCUUCUACUUUGUGAAGAUUACUGAUUUCUCCUAUCCCCUUUUCCUUAAGCUGAAGUGGAGGAUUUCGGGGUUGAUGCCCUGGCUUCUUUGGAUAUCAGUAUUUACUUCCUUGGGUUACAGUGCGCUCUUCUCCAAUGACAUUUACAUUGUACAUUGUAACACUUCUUUUUCUAUCCCCUCCUCCAACUCCACUAAGAGAAAAUACUUCACUGAGACGGAUGUGGUCAGCCUGCUUCUUCUCUAUAACCUGGGGAUCUUUGUUCCUCUGAUCAUGUUCAUCCUUGCAGCCAUUCUGAUGAUCAUCUCUCUGAAGAGACAUACCCUGCAUAUGAAGAGCAAUGCCUCUGGCUCUAGGGAUCCCAAUAUGGAAGCUCACCUGGGGGCCAUCAAAGCUACCAGCUACUUUCUAGUUCUCUACAUUUUCAAUGCAGUUGCUCUAUUUCUUCAUAUGUCUAACAUCUUUGAUGCCAACAGUUCCUGGAAUACUCUGUGCAAAAUCAUCAUGGCUGCCUACCCUGCUGGCCACUCAGUGCUACUGAUUGUGGACAACCCUGGCCUGAGAAGAGCCUGGACCCAGUUUCAGCACCAACUACGUUUUUACCUAAAAGAGUAG